AGCAGAGAGAGAGUAACAUUCACCCUGGAGGGCACUCGCAUGCUGGGCUUGGUGCAAUACACACACCAGGGAUUAUUAUUCUUCAUAAAAUGCACAAAUUAAUCAUUAGAUAAGGUUAUAACCAACCCCCGAUUUGGAAACGAGUUGUCUCCAAUACCUUGGUAAUGCGUUAUGUCGUCUAGUCUACUUUUUUUUUUUUAAACAGAAGCGGACCUAAAGCAAGGAUCCAGCCUAAUCAGUAACAUGAAAUAAGGAACGUCGUUUGGAAUCCAUAAUCUUGUUGGCUUUAGAAUGGGAAUAUUAUUGGUCAAAAAAGACUGACCAGAUCAACAGCUUUUAGUGUGAACAUUUUAACGCUUGCUAGUCCUCUAUCUGAAUAGAUUUUUUUCAGCAUUCCCUCAGACGAUAGAUUUUUUUUCCAUUGCAGCUCAGUAGAGGGUGUGAGAUCUUUCUAAGAGCACCGGGCUAGAACGAGCACAGUCUCUAUGUAACCUCUUUGUGAUUCAAAAUCACCAAAGGAAAGCACUGGAAACAAACGCAAGGGAGACACCGAAAGGUGUGAGGAAUGCGUUUUUUUUGCAGUGGCAGUGUGAUCAGCACUACAUCUCCAGCGUCGGGUGUGAAUUCAGCACCGAGGGGAAAAGAACAGCACCCACUGCUACCGCAGCACGACGAGAAAAUCACGGAUUUAUAAAAUCUGCAAGGUCAGUUAAUACCGAUCAAAAGCCCCAAAAUGUGUCGGCUGCUAUUGCGGUUUGUUGUUUUCAAUUAUUUUCAUACGAGCAAAAGGAUCCAUUCGAUCUGAGGCAUUCUAUAUGGUCAUUUUAAAGCUGGACGCCUGGACAUAACGGGCUAGAUGAGCAUGGAUAUUACAAAGGACUGUCGUCUUUUCUUUUAGACUCGUCGGUCUAUCUUUUUGAGGAUAAACUGGACUAAAAACAUUGAUUCAACAGCUCGUUUUCAUGUCUUGAAAUCGGGGAUGAAUUGUUUGUAUUGAAAAUGCUGCUUUGGAUUGUCUUGCUGAAGGCGGCUCUUUGUGUUGCUAUUGGAAAUGUUACAAGGGACAUUUGUAAGGAGCAGAUCUGCUCCUGCAAUGAGAUUGAAGGCGAUUUGCACAUUGACUGCGAAAAAAGGAGCUUUACUAAUUUGCACCAUUUGACUGGUCCCAGUUCCCAGUUUUAUCACUUGCUAUUGCAUGGAAAUUCUUUAUCCAGGCUUUUCCCCAAUGAGUUUGCGAACUUUUACAAUGCCGUAAGCUUGCAUUUGGAAAACAACGGUUUGCAUGACAUUGUCCCUGGUGCUUUUCUGGGACUGCAGCUCGUGAAAAGGCUACACAUAAAUAAUAACAAGAUACGGUCAUUUAGGAAGAGCACCUUUCUUGGUUUAGAUGACUUGGAAUAUCUUCAGGCUGAUUUUAAUCUAUUGAGAGAUAUUGACCCGGCCGUGUUCAGGGACUUAAAUAAACUUGAAGUGUUAAUUCUAAAUGAUAACCUCAUCAGUGCACUACCUAUAAAUGUGUUUCAACACGUUCCCAUCACCCAUCUCGACCUGCGAGGGAACCGAAUCAAAACGGUGCCUUAUGAGGGAGUUCUCGAACAAAUACCGGGCAUUGCGGAGGUUUUAUUGGAGGAUAACCCCUGGGACUGCAACUGUGACCUGGUUUCCCUGAAGGAAUGGCUGGAGAAUAUACCGCAGAACGCGCUUAUCGGCCGGGUGAUCUGCGAAGCUCCAACGCCACUGCAAGGGAACGACUUGAACGAGACAUCGGAGAUGGUUCUGUGUCCUUCAAUAAAAAGUGGUGCUGACGAGAGUUUAGUUGCACCUCCUACCCAAGAGGAGACCUCUGUACCUGGGCCCGUUCCAACGCCUUAUAAAGCAAGUGGUGAUCCUGGGUCCCCAACCCCAGGGAAUGGGCAAAAGGGACGCUCUAAAUCGCACUGGCAGUUGAAAACGAAGCCCACAUCUAUGACAGGUGUGAACGGGGAGAGAGAGCAGCUGCAUAUUGUGCAGAACGCAUCUUGCCCCGUGCCAUGCAGCUGCAAGCUCAUUGGAUCCAGGCAGGGGUUAGGGGUUAACUGCGAGGGCAAGAAGAUAGAGAGCUUGGCUAACCUAAAACCCAAACCCCUCACUGCGCACGAAUUAAACAUGAGAGAUAACAACAUCCAUGCUAUAAAAAAGAACCAUCUCAAUGGCUAUUCAAGUCUGAAUCUCCUUGAUUUGGGUGGAAACAACAUCAAAUUGAUAGACAACAGCACUUUUCAAAACCUCACCGAAUUAAGAUGGUUGUACAUGGAUAAGAAUUACCUGGAUACGCUCAUUGCGGAAAUGUUCAUUGGACUUCAAAAUCUGGAAUAUCUCAGUUUGGAAUAUAAUGACAUACAGCUGAUACUGGCAGGAACAUUCAGCCCUCUGCCUAAUCUGCGAGUGCUUUUCCUCAACAAUAACUUGCUGAAAGCGCUACCUGUGGAUGCUUUCCUUGGAGUGUCUUUAUCGAAGAUUAGCUUGCAUAAUAAUUAUUUCACAUAUCUCCCUGUCGCAGGGGUCUUAGAUCAGCUCAAUUCGAUCAUACAAAUUGAUUUGCAUGGGAACCCUUGGGAUUGCUCGUGUAAUAUUGUCCCCUUCAAACAGUGGACGGAGAAAUUGGGGGCAGAUGUGAUCGUUAGUGAUCUCAAGUGUGAGUCACCGGAAGAGUUCUGGAAAAGGGAUUUCCGUCACGUCCGAAAUGAUCUGAUGUGUCCCAAGCUCUAUGACAAAAUCUACCCCACCUCUCUCUCCAAAAACAGCACGUUCACCGCAGACACGGGUACGCGCUCGAACUCCUAUGUGGAGCCGAACAGGGUCUCCAUCUCUGUACUAGUCCCUGGGCUACUACUGGUAUUUGUCACGUCUGCGUUCACUGUUGUAGGGAUGCUUGUCUUCAUCUUGCGGAAUCGCAAGAGAUCAAAGCGGAGGGAUGGUAAUUCCUCUGCGUCAGAGAUCAAUUCCUUGCAGACAGUGUGCGACUCGUCUUAUUGGCAUAGCGGGCCUUACCAUGCGGACGGGGGCGCGCAAAGAGGGUUUGACUGUAGCGCCCAUUUCUCCCCAACAAAUGAUGCGUAAAACGACUACUGACAAUAAACCUGGAAUACAAACAGACAGACAAAUAUACUGCGUUCUGUUGACACAAUGGCAAUUGAAGAAAAAUAAACAAAUGCUAUGUUACUAAGCUUCUUCACUCGCUUUUUUGUCGGAGAUAGACCAUUUUUUGUUUGCUCCAGUUGACUGUGGUGCCAAUGAGUCUGCUACUGAACCACCUGUAAUAUAUGUAUAGACCCUCUCCCCGGCCCCAUCCCAGUACAGCUAUUUGCCGCAAUCAGACUGACUAUCUGAGAGAGAAGAUUCGGGAAAUGGUGCACGAGCAUGAAUGUAAUGUAAAUAACUGACUGUGUCAUAUCUGCAUGAUUUCGCAUGGUUUCAACUCACACUGGGGAACCAUACCAUAAUUAACGAAGAAGCCAACCCGACCCUUCUUUCAUGUUAUCAAUAUGAAUAUAUACAGUAUAUAUAUACAUAUAAAACCAUAUAUGAAUAUAUACAAAGUGCCAUUUCUCGAUUUUUUUUUUGUGAACUGCGUUAUAGGAUUUGUAUUUGUUGUUUUGAAACUGUUAAAAAACGGGAAAAGAACACAUUGGGAUGAUGAAGAAGAUAAACGCUGUCCACGCAUGUUCUUUUUUGUUUGUUUUAUCAUUUGAUUGUCGAUAAAUAUCGGGGUUAUUUAUAAUUGGUGCAGACAUGAUCAUAUCUGCACAUUCAUCUCUUUAUGAAUGUAUAAUGUGUUAUUUUAUGGUGUGCCAAUUGUUGAAUUUCAGAUAUUCGGGAUGCAGAUGAGCAUGACCAAUUAACGUCACUCAGAUGGUUAUGCUGCAAGGUUAAUGUAGCUAAAAACAGUUCGUGGUUUUGUGUGUUAAUGCCUAUACCCUGCUUUGGGGGAGAGGAGAAGGCUUUACCGAAUUAUAUGGGGGUUUUCUAACUGCAUAUUUUUUCAAAAUUAAAAUGUUUUCAAUGGAAGUAAUGGUAUGUGAAGUUCGAUCUAUGUACAGAGCGCAGGUAGACUAGAAUGCUUUUUUUUAUGUGAAAAGUAUUCCUCCACAAAGCGUAGGCUAUGAUUCACCUCCAUUUAUGUGAGCUUUUGUAAAGCCAUCUACUGUGUCCAAAUAAUAGAAAUGGACUUACAUUUUUUUUUAACUAAUACGUGCUUAAAGUAGAUUGGGCAAUGGUCAGUUUGCAUACAGUAAAACAAAAAUAAAACACACUUCUUAGCAUUCGACAGUAUUCGUCUGAUGCCAUAGGGAAGACAUGGCAGGAUCACCGCAUUACUCUAGACGAGGAAACUCACGAUGUCGCUGUUGGUGCAUCUUCUCUAUUGGAGGGAGGGCUGAGGUAUAGGAGUUUUGCAAGAGGGCGUUAUGGAAUUACAUUUUACUGAGCAACUAUAAUGAUAUCAAGACGAUGAUUACAGUGUAUAAUAAUGGUUAGCAUUAAAGGUGAUAUUCUGAUAAUCCAUUCAAAUGGAUCAAUGUCACUGAUUCUGCAGUAUCACGGUACAGAUCGUAGGAUUGUGAAAUGUUUUUUCUUUGUUUUAUAUAUAUAUAUGAAUACUCUGUAAAUUCAAGCUCUGAAUUCGUUUUGUUCAUACUGGUUUUUAUUUUCAUUAGGAUCAGGUCCAUCAAUGUACCCACUGUAUUUAAUUAUCUUAUAAAUAAGCAUAUGUGCAAGAGACCCCACUGCUACAAUCCGUUUUGGAAAAGUCUUGUCAAUAAGGAAUGACAAGUCAGACAUGCACUGGCCUGCAGAAGGUCAAAGUGCUCAGAGCCAUUUCAAUAUCAAACAUGUCUCAACCCUGUCUGAUUCAUAAUUCAUCUUAUUAAUACAGCAACAAGCAUUUUUCCCAGGCCUUUUUAACACUGUGGACUGACAGACUAUAUGGUUAAAUGUGUGACUGCAUUAGCAGAACAAUGUUCAUUGUCGAGUGUCUGGUGUGUGUGUGUGUGUGUGUGUGUGUGUGUGUGUGUGUGUGUGUGUGUGUGUGUGUGUGUGUGUGUGUGUGUGUAUUUAUGCAUUUAAAUAAUUAGAAUUAUUGAUUAAAUGUGUGUGCAUGUGCACUAGUGUCUGUCUACGUGUGUAUGUCUGUAUGCCCACCCCCAACCCCCACCACAAAAUGUAACCAAUCACAUAGGCUGACCUUGGGGAGUAUUAUCUUAGCAGAUCUUUGGCAACAACAGUGCUGUCCAUCACUUCAGACUCCAGUUUGUUGGUGUAUUGCUUCAAAGGGUAAUUAUCAAUCUCUACUGUGGAACAUUUUACAAUGGCUCAUGAAUUAUUGGUCAUAUCUCAAUGCUGUGUCCCAGAGUUACAUUUAUAUGCUUUACUACAUUUGACCUGCUUCUAUUUUGUUAAAUAAAAUGUGGUUGAGGUUGAGUGAAA